AGAAACUGGCUCCAUUGCGCUCUGCAUAUGGUCUGAACUCUGAAAUCUGAAUUCAACUGUUUAGUCUUCUUUUAAGCAAAUUGCGAAAAAGGAAAUCAGAAAGCGGUUCUUGGUUUUAUCUGUGGAAUCGAAUCUGAAAUUCCACGGAAGAAGAACCAGAGAAAGAUUUUUUUUUUUUUCAUCUUGUAUAUCUGAAUCCAAUUCCUAACUUUCUUCUGUGGAUUUCCACUUUUCUGUUGUUCCAAGAAGUUCACAAAAAAAAAAAAAAAAAAACUCCUCCAGGUUGUUGCGUGAACUGCGAAUUUCAAGCUACUUUCCGAUCUAAUUUCUCUCGGAGCGAAUUGGUUUUCUGGGUCUCUCUGUAUCGUGGAAGAAAUGGCGAAACGUGGAUAUAAGCUGCAAGAAUUUGUGGCUCAUUCAACCAAUGUAAACUGCCUAAAAAUUGGGAAAAAGGCGUGUAGACAUUUUAUCACAGGCGGUGAUGAUCACAAAGUCAAUCUUUGGGCAAUUGGAAAACCAACUUCUUUAAUGACCUUGUGUGGUCAUACAAGCCCAGUUGAAUCUGUAGCUUUUGACGCAGCAGAAGUUUUGGUUCUUGCUGGAGCUUCCACUGGGGUGAUAAAGCUUUGGGAUUUAGAAGAAGCAAAAAUGGUUCGCACUCUUACUGGACACAGAUCAAACUGCACUGCUGCUGAAUUUCAUCCAUUUGGCGAGUUCUUUGCAUCUGGUUCAACUGACACAAAUCUGAAGAUAUGGGAUAUCAGAAAGAAGGGAUGCAUUCAUACAUACAAGGGUCAUAUUCGAGGCAUUAGUACUAUUAAAUUCACUCCUGAUGGUCGCUGGGUAGUUUCUGGUGGACUUGAUAAUGUUGUAAAGGUGUGGGACCUUACUGCUGGAAAGCUUUUACAUGAUUUUAAGUUUCAUGAGGGACAUAUUAGAUCCAUAGAUUUUCAUCCCCUUGAAUUUCUCCUGGCCACAGGUUCAGCAGACAGAACUGUGAAAUUUUGGGACUUGGAAACUUUUGAAUUGAUUGGAUCUACCAGACCUGAGGCCACUGGAGUACGCACAAUUACCUUUCAUCCUGAUGGGAGGACACUUUUUUGUGGUUUAGAUGAUUCUUUGAAGGUUUAUUCUUGGGAGCCUUUAAUUUUUCAUGAUGCCGUUGGUAUUGGGUGGUCUACACUUUGUGACCUCUGCAUUAAUGAAGGGAAAGUUUUGGGUUGUUCGCACUAUCAAAAUUCUGUGGCAGUUUGGAUAGCAGAUAUAGCGCUUAUUGAGCCAUAUGGAGUUGGUGUUGUACCAGAAGAAAGCGACUGCACAGAGAAAAGGUUUAAUAUCCCCAAAAGUGAUUCUCCUGAUAAAGCAAUGAGUGGAGUAAGAUCGACUUCAGAUUUACGCUCUACGUCUCCUGAGUAUGAGAUCAAAGAAAUAAAGAAUAUAUAUGUAGACUCUACUGGUGGAAAUCCUGUUUCUUCACAAAAAGUUGGGUCUUUGAGUUCACCAAAAAUGGUCCUCCCGUUGGAUUCCAAGGAGAUGGGUAAUCCACCAACAGAGAAGAAAAGUUCCAUAGCAGGAGUGAAUGGAAAAGCUGGUGGGGAAGCACUUAAUAAAUCCUUUGUUGUGCCCACUGUUGUACCUCGGGACAGUCCCAUCGAAAAGAAGUCUUUCAAUUCUGGAAGGGAAACAGUCACCUUUUCAAGGACAAAACCUGGCAUGUUGCUCAGGCCAGCUCAUAUACGGAGGCCAUCAAAUAGCAAGAAUGAUGUUGAUGAACUAUCAGUAGCUCUUGAAUCUGAAACUUUUAGCAAUGCGACAAGUAAGAAAGAGAGUGCAGUGGAUCUGAAGUUGCAAACUCUGAAUGUAUCAGAAGAUGGGUUGCAGAAAUCCUGCGAGGAAAAGAAUUCUACUAUCAAGAGUGUUGAGGAUAAAUUUGAAAAUUUUUUAUCCCCAAAGACACCCUCUAGUCAGGAAAAUUGUGUUGAAUCCAUUAAUACCAAUAGAGGGAUCCCCUCAGUUAAAAUUGUAAAUGGAGUUGCUGUGGUAGCAGGCAGGACACGGUCUCUGGUUGAGAGAUUUGAAAGACGAGAGAAUUUUAACAAUGAAGAUCGAUCAAUAAAUAUGGCUUCUCAAAUUGCACAUGAAACAAAUAGGACACCCACCAUAUCAAAUAAUAUCAACUCUGGUGCUACACCUGAAACUGAUAGAAAGCUUCCCACAGCAACCAAUAUGACCCCUGUUGUUAUACCUCAAACUGAUAGAAAAUCUCCCACUGCAGCUAAUGUGACACCUCAUGUUAUACCUGAAAAUGAUAGAAAAUCUCCCACAGAAGCUAAUAUGACCCCUCAUGUUAUACCUGAAAAUGGUAGAAAACCUCCCACAGCAACUAAUAUGCCCCCUCAUGUUAUACCUGAAGCCAAAAGCAGACUGACCAUGGCAACUAAUAUGACUCUGAGUGUUAUGCCUGAAAUGGGUAGAACACCUGCUAUACCAACUGCUGUGACCCCUCGUGUUAUACGUGAAAUGGAUAGAAUACCCACCACAGCAACUAAUGUGAAUCCUCGAGUUAUACCUGAAACAGAUAGAUCACCUUCCAUAGCAACUGACAUGACUCCUUGCAUCGUACGUGAAAUGGUUAGAACACCUUCCGCACUGGAGGAGCCUCAGAUUUCUGGCAGGGACUCAAUUUCUUCUAAUUAUGGGGAUAUUAGUGAAGAUUUGAUGCAAACUCAUGAUGUAAUCUUAAGUACCCUUAAAUCCCGCUUGACAAAAUUACAGGUAGUUCGACAUUUUUGGCAACGGAAUGACAUUAAGGGUUCUAUCAAUGCUCUAAGAAAACUGCCCGAUCAUUCUGUGCAAGCAGAUGUAAUCAGUAUACUCAUGGAGAAAAUGGAGAUUCUUACCUUAGACCUAUUUUCAUGCUUACUUCCUGUACUUGUGGGCUUACUAGAUAGCAAGAUGGAAAGGCACACAAGUGUCUCUUUGGAGAUGCUACUGAAGCUUGUAGCAGUCUUUGGCCCGGUAGUAUGCUCAACCAUUUCUGCUCCUCCAGCUGUUGGUGUUGAUCUUCAUGCAGAGCAAAGGCUAGAAUGCUGCAAGCAGUGCUUCGUCCAACUGCAAAAAAUCCAGCAAAUUCUUCCAGCAGUUAUAAGGAAAGGCGGAUUAGUGGCAAAAUCUGCUCUGGAAUUGAAUCUAGUUCUUCAAGAAUCAUAGCCAAAGCCCGCAAUCUAAGGUCACUUUCUUUUGCAAGUGUGGGACUACCUCAUGCAACACGCUAAAAGUGCAAUACGAUGCUACUUCCACAUGUCAUUGUGCACCUCACAGUUUUGUCUUGCUGCUUCUUACUAUUUGUGGUUCAUAUCGGCCUUUAUUAGCAACAGAGUACAACAGAUUGAUAGUCUUAUGAGGCAAAUAUUAGAGCAGUUCCAUUUCAUGCCAUGCCACUGUCGAUGCAUUAUUAUAGAAAGCGGUCGUCUUUAAUACCUUGGUCCUUCAGGCAUUACCUCGAUGAUUUUCACUGUAAGUCUUUGAUUCUAGGUAUUUCUAUUCUUUUUCCUUGUGAUGUUCAAAUGAAUAUAAUCAUGUGGCAAUUCUUAUGUAUACUACAUUAGUCUUAUUCAAUGAAAUGCAUAGAUUACUUCAAA